AUGCCACCACCAAAAGGAACCCCGAACCCCCUUGAAGGCCCUGGAGACUAUGAUGUUACACCCACUGUCCACAGUGACACCUAUCCGGAAAUCGACCCUGCAAAGACUGACCUCUCUGGGAAGGCUGUGCUUGUCACAGGUGGAUCACGAGGCAUUGGCCGUGCUAUAGUUCUUGCAUAUGCACGAGCUGGUGCUUCUUUCAUCGCUGCAGCAGCACGCUCUGGUACUUCAGAACUAGCAGCGGAAAUUGAGACGGCUGCUCUGUCCGCUAAUCGGAACCCCCCAAAGUACCUUUUCAUCACGCUUGAUGUCUCUAGUGUUGAGAGUGUGGAGGCAGCAGCGGCGGCCUUGGAGAAAGAGUUCGGCAGAUGCGAUGUCAUCGUCAACAAUGCUGGAACAUUCGGUGACUUUAGUCUCCUUGGUGACUAUGACCCCAAAGCCUGGUCGAAUGUCUUCGAUGUGAAUGUGCGAGGUCCAUAUCUCGUCACUCACGCGCUUUUACCAUUAAUGAUCAAAACCGGUGAUGCAUAUGUUGUCAAUAUCUCGAGUGUUGGGGCCAUCCUGACUUCACCUACAAUCAGUGCAUAUCAGAUUUCAAAGACGGCACUUUUCAGGCUUUCCGAGUUCAUCAAUAAGGAAUAUUCGGAAAAAGGGGUCAUUUCUUUCGCAGUUCAUCCUGGUAACUGUGUUACGGAUAUGACUGUCGCCGUCGGUGCAGACCAGGAUCCCCUCUAUAAAGAAGUGUUUGUUGAUACCCCCGAGCUCUGUGCAAAUACACUCGUGUUUCUCACAUCCGAGAAGAGAGCCUGGGUUGGGGGGAGGUAUAUCAAUGUCACCUGGGACAUGCCCCAAUUGGAGGCCAAACAGCAAGAAAUAGUCAACGAGGAUAAGCUCAAACUCACUUUGAAGUACUAG